CAGAAAGAGGAGGAGAGAAGAAGAGAAGAGAGAAAGGGUGAUAAACAGAAGAAGGAGCGCUGAUUGAAACAAGCCAUCCUCUCUUCUCUCUCUUUCUCUUCAGAACCCAGUCUCUUAACUUCUGAUUCACUACUUUCGUUUCUCUCCUCUUGGGGGAAUUAGGGUCCAACAACCCCCAUGAAUUUAAUCCCCUCCCAACAAUCUUAGGGGCUGUAAUUCUCCUACAACAUGCAUAAUUUUUAUGGAAAAAAGAGACCCGCCAUCAAUCUCAACCUCUUCACGUCUUUAUCUCACUCUUUUUUCUGUCUAAACCCCACAAAACCCCCAAGCAACUUUCAAUAUGGUGUGGUUGGGCUAGGCAUAGUAGCAGCUAUGACUGAUUCAACCCAUACACACCAAUCUAUUUGCUUUGCUCCAUCCCCAAGAUCCACCCCCAUACCUAUAGUCUCAUCUGUUAAAGCAGCUCCCAGUUUCGGAGGUGGCUUUAACUUGGAGAAGUUUGAUGAAUUAUCUGACAACGACACUAGUGUAAUUUCUCAUUUUAGCGAUAAUUUGAUCAAGAAUCAGUUCGGUUUUGGAGAUGACAACAAGAAUUGCAGUGGGUUUACUGCUGCUCCUUCGCCUAGGAAAAAAAAUAUGGGUCAGUUCAAGAGGGAGUUUUGGAGUGAUGGCUUUUUGACUUCUUGUCAUCUUUGCAAGAAGGAACUACAUGGUUUGGAUAUUUUCAUGUACAGGCACACAACAAAAUCUUUAAGCUCUUUGCAUUUUGGAACUACUUAUCUACAUAAGGGAGAGAUUAAAGCAAAGCAAGUACCGCGGCCAACUCUUCUUCAUGUUUUGGAAUGAAAGCAGUGUCAACCUUUCCAUUUCUGAAGUCCUGUGAAGUGUUGCAUGUUAGAUUAAAAAUUGUGAACCUUGAUGUAUAAUAUUAUCCAACACACAGAAAAUAGCACCACCAACCUCAAUAUCAAGGAUGAGUUUAUGGUAUUCAAUGGUUGUAGGAACCCCUAAAACAAAACAAUAAAAAGAAUAUGGAUUAGGAUAUUCUUUGAGGGGUAGAGUUUUGCUGGAUAACAAAACCAGACUGAACAAAGAAAUUAUAGCAACCCCUUUUGGUGCAAACAUAUUCGGUUACAGGCAUGAAGCACCAACAGAAACCACACUGAUUAUGGUCAAUGGGAGAUGCUGAGAAUCACUUUUUUCUAGUUAAAGGUUUCUUCUGCCAUGUCCAUGCAACGUCAUGUAUGUGACCAAGAUGUAAAUGAUAAAAAACAACAAAGCUGAGUAAACUCUUAGUCAAUAACCAAGUACCUGUAAUUACAGUGUCA